UGUCGUUGCCGUGCGCGUGAGCUUUUUUCCCGCUCAGUGUUUGUGGAGAAAAACAGGCGCUUUAAAACAAGUGCUCCUGAACUUAGUUUAACCGCUCAAUAUUCGCUUCUGUUCUUCUUAUUAUUUAGGAAUGUAUUUGUUGAAGUAUUUUAAAUAGAUAUCUAGCAUGAUUUCGGGUUUACUUUAAGAGCAGGAUAACGUUAACGCGCCUGUCAGAGCUGAGGUUUAUAAAAUUCAUGGUCUGCUUGUAAAUAUGCUCAUUGAAUAAGCAAUACUUCUUGGUAACAUUCAGAUGUGAUGGCACCUCAUCAGGAUAUACAGGUGGAGGAACUGGUAGACCAGGCAUUGAAACACAACUUCAGGGCUUUGGAGGAGUUUUUACUAAAUGAGACCAGAGAAGGGGUUACUUCAAAAUGCUCCAAACAGUUCAUCUCAAAACUGGACAAACUAAUUAACAGGGAACUGGACCAGCAGAAUGUGAAGAAUGCUUCUGUGGCAUUUACCAUCUUUCACAAAUUGGGGAACACACUGGUCUUUCCAGGGGGUGGCGGUAUAUCACUGAUGGUGUCACAAGGACUUGUGAGAAAGGUGGUACAGUGGUUUGGGAAAGCCAGAAAGUUAUGGGUUGAAGCUGGACCGACGAGGAACGAGCUGCUUGUAAACUUAGCUGAAGACUUCUUUGAUGCAUUGAUGGUCAUUCAUGAAAGUUGUAAAGACGGUACUUACCAAGUAACAGAAUCCCUGCUCCAUCACAUUGGCAAGUUGGCCUCUGAUCCCAAGGUUAACAUUCUAAUCCAAAAAGAGGCGGUGAGGAAACUGAAUAUGAUCUUAGGACAGAUCCCAUUAGAACUGAAGAAAGAGAAAAAGAUCUUGUCAUCACAAGAGGCAUCAAGUGUCAUGAAUGAUUUGGCUAGUCGAAUCCUGAAAGGAGGAGAUUAUGAUCUCCAGGUGGCUUUGAUGGAGGCUCUGUGUAGAAUGACUUCCCAUGCCCAGCGGAGGGAACUGGCUGAUCAGUGGUUCAGCAUGGAAUUUGUUGCCUCUGCAUUCACCAAGAUUCAGGACUCAGAGUUUGAGACUGAUUGCAGAAAAUUUCUAAAUCUAGUAAAUGGAAUGCAAGGUGAUGAUCGAAGUGUGUACUCCUAUCCUUGUCUGGAGGUGUUUUUGGAUAAGCAUGUGUUGCUCAUGCCUGUGGAUGAGAACCUUGAUGAGUUCUGGAUUGACUUUAAUCUAGGAAGCAAGAGCAUCUCCUUCUAUUUCUGUCUUGCUAAUGAUGAUGCAAAGCAGGAGAGCCAAUGGGACACUCUAUGCAUAACAGAAAAUGAAGUCCACAGUUAUACAGUGGAAGAGGAGAAAGGUGUAAAAGUGCUGCAGCUGGUUUUAACUGAGCCAGUGUGCCUGAGCAGUAUUGAGGGCACCAGACUCACUAUCCACUUCAGUUCCUCCUUAGACAUCCUCAAGCCCACCAAGAACGUCUAUGGAGAAACCAAGAAUAAAAAGUUUAUUGGAAAGACCACCACAUCUGUGGUAAAAACCACUGUUCAAAUAAUUCUGGAUGAAGGAAGUUCACAGGUUCUUUUUCCUGAGAGUCAGGGCUCCUCUCAGCGCAUGGGAAAAAUCAUACCUUCUUCAGUGAAGAGUCAGUCGCUGAGAUGCCAUGAGAGAGAUGCCCAACACAUCAGCCCGCAGAUGAUAACCCCAUUAAGGAGUAAGGUGUCAGAGUCAUGUAUGUAUGUCUCUGGAAGUGCAGGACGUAAACUUGGCAGAAGCCUGUUCAGUUGCGUGUUGCCUGCAUCUGCCCCAGGGAAGGCAAAGGUGAAACCAGCUCUAGAGAUAGUAGCCUCCUCAAAGAAGAGGAAAGCAUUUGAAUCGAAAGAGCUGUUAACUGCCAAAUUAUCUCACAGUGUGCAGUCAGUUAGUGUGGAAAAGGAAAGCACAAGAAAACAGUCAGUUCCAGCUCUACAUUGCCCAGAGAUACAACAGAGCCGGGAAGGUCAACAAGUGAUGGAAAAAUACCACCGGAACAUUCCUGUAGAGAAAGUAGCGGAAAUGGUGCAAGUUGACCAAGAGCUCCAGGAAGAGCCUUUGGAUAACAGUAUAGUACUGGACACCCAGCCAGCUGUGUGGAAAGAAACCUCUAUAUUACCAAGUCCUAGCAGCUUUAACCAAAAGAGAAUUUCUGUGCCCGGAUCAUUAUUCCCAUGUCAACGUGAACCUUCACAUCAGUCCAAAUCAGAGCCUCCACAGCACCCAUUGUCAGCCCAGAGCAGCUUUGGAGGACUGAGCCACAAACAGCUUCAUGCUCAGCUCACUCAAAGACUGGAGCAAGUACUGAGAGAGCGUGAGCAGCAGGAGCAAAACCAAGCAGAGCUUAGGGCUGCUGGAAAAGAGGCUGGACUUGUGAAAAAGCCACAGAGACCAACCCAAACUAAACUUGGUACAACUCAACAGAGUGGAUGGGCUAAGGGCAACAGGGCUGACAUGACCAACAAUAUGAAGACAAAGAAAGCAGCUGAGAGCAUGGUGAAGCAGAUAAAUAGCCAUUAUAAAAGCACCGUCUGUAGUACAGCAGCACAGGAGCAUGUCCCCCGUAGAUACAUUUUCAACAAGAGUUGGUGUCCAGAUUCAGUUGCCAAGAUCUCUGCUAAUACACCUGGACUUCUGAAGUCAUCUUCAUAUCAAUCUAAGAAGCCAUCAAAUCAGAUCAAGGAUGUUUAUGCAUUCAGUGUGGAUGUGUCACAGCUCAGUGAGAAAAUAAAUAGGAGGUCUACUGAAACGUCUGCAAUGGAAAGCAGCAGUUCCCUGAUUCUUUCUAGCAUCUCUAAGAAGUGUCCUCCUAUGAAGCCUCCUGGUCGUAAUGUGAAGAAGCAUCUGUUCAGUGACACUGAUACUGACAAUUUGACUGAAAUUAGCUGGACAAAAUCAACCAACAGGAGACCUAAGCCUAAAGUAGCAGACUACACGAGACAGCCAGUUAAGCCCACUCAUUCUCCUGCGAACCUCACAUUUGAAACUCCAAACAUACACAUUCCCUCACCAAAGGCUGCAAAAGCAUUGCCUAAACCAAAGAGGAAAAGGCAGAAGAAGGUGGUAGAAGAAAAGCAUAAGAAAAGCAAGGAUGUUGCAAGCAGAAAACCCACAGACAGGCCCCAAAGAACCUCAGUUCUGACCAAAUCCUACAGAGAGUUGUCUGACUCUGGGAGUGAAUCAGAAACCAAUGAACCACCUCCAGCAAAGAUGUUUAUCAUCAAAAAGCCAGAACAGCCUCAGAUUACAGCUUCAGUUCAGAACAGGGCUGCUGUAGUCAAACCACCUGUCAAAAAAACCUGUCAACUCAGGUCAAAGACAGUCCAUAAGGCUGUGAAGGAGAAACAGGAAAAAGAAUUAUCUAAUCAUGAAAACUCAAAGCAAAAGAAGAUGAUUGCUGCUGUUCUGGAGUCCACCAAAGGACAGGAAAAUGUUUUGGCCCCUAAAAUUGCUCCUUUCUGUCCUUCUCUCCGCUCUAACAUAAUUCAAUCGGCAGAGAAGAGUACAGCCACGCUGAGAUCUGCUCUUGCACCAGUGGGUCCUAUGUCUAAGAAGUCUCAGGUGCUUCAUACUUCUUCAGUCCAAGCCACGGGGCAAGAAGGAAAGGUAAAUGGCAUAACUAAGAAAGCUAAGAAAGAGAACGAACAACCAGGAAAAAACACAACACAUUCAGUGACAGGCAGCAAGUUUAUGGAGGACAGAGAGGUCAGCGAAGUAUUGGGUUCUGAACAGUCAAAAAACAGGAAGAAUUUGCUUUCUCCAGCAUCAACAAAAGAAUCUUGGGCCUCCAAAUACACCUCUUUCGGCAUUUCGCCAUUCUCCAUUGAGAAGAUAAGAAGUAAGAAAUUGGCUACUUAUUUACUUUAUAUCAUUAAAAAUGUUAGCUGCUGUUUGAUGUUUAAGAUAUGUGAGUUAUUUCCUUUAGCUGCAGAGGAAAAUGCAUUCUUAUCCAGAUCUCCUCUGACACCCCUCAAACCACUGUGCAUCUCUCCUGUUGGUGCCAUCUCUCCUCCCCUGGAGUUGCCUAGCCAUCUGAGAGGGAUCCAAGCAUCCUCCUUCUAUAAGACUUCAGGAGGACGGGAUAGUGCCACACGUCUUCCUCACCCUUUUGUAACCCCUGUGGCUCAAGAGCAGCCAUCCAUCCACCCCCUAAUUGCCUCCACUGGUAGGGAGAAAUGUUCAUCUCUACUCAACUCUGCAGACCUAGAAGAAGAUCUUGGGGGCUUUCUAAGCAGCACCAGCCAAAGAGUCCUGCAGGCAUGCUUCGACAAAGAGUCUGUCAUCUCUUUGGUGACACUAAGCCAAUCAUCACACACAUCUGUGAACAAUAGAGCUAUGAUCUGCACUGAACUUGAGAAAACACCUGUAUCUGUUCAGUUAAGCAGUGUUGGAAAAGCAGAAUCAGGUCCAGCAACCAGUCGCACUCGGCCCAGCUCAUGCAAUUCCACAAGUCUGCAUGAACAAGACUACAGUGAAGACGAAGACACGUGGACUAAAGCUGGGCCCAGUGAAUUCGCUGUUAGAAUGAAGCCGAGAGAGCUGUUCAAAUCUAAUGCCAAGCAGCGGCCUAAGAAAAAAGGCUCUAAACAACCCAUGCAAGUUGACGGCAGCGCUGAGGAAGGGGAGAAAAAGAAUGUAUCAGUAGUUGCUGAAGAUAUGGAGGUGCGGUCCACAGUGGUGUCGAGCUGUUGGGAGGCAAGUGUGGAGACAGAUAUGGAUCAGCAUGAAGUGAGCACAUCUCAGGAGAUGGACUAUGUCUGCCACCAGUUCAGCUCUGAACUUAAGAGAAAAUUUGAGAACCGUUCAAGGAGAAUGGAUCUCUUCACCAAGCAGUCCCUAAAGGCCUGCAAGCAACAUGUUUCCACUGUAACCAUGAAAGUGCAACAGUACAGGUCUCAGAGGCUGGAGACAGUUAAACGAGUUCUAUUGGAUGAAAUUAAAAACUUGGAACAAGAUGACACAUCUCUGCGAAACAUGGAAGCGGAGCUGACUGCUUACUGGAAGAAGCAAGCCGUGGCUUUCCAUGCUUACCAGGAAGGAGGAACCCAAAGGCUAAAUCAUUUAAAAAGCACAAUUGAAACAAAUAUAUGCGGAAACCUGGACUAUGAGCAGCAGAUCUUUUUUUCACAGAUGCAUUUGAUGAAGAAAGACAUCAAAUCUGUUCAGGAUCACUUAUUCAGACAGAUGCAUGAGGAAGAACUGCAAAGUGUACGUAGAGGACUACAGACCUUGUUCCUUUCAGACAGAGGACUUAGUUACAAGUAAUGUUCAAGAUGUUUUAAAUGCACGUUCUUAUUUUUCAGCAGUAUAGGUUCACUAUCAUUUUAAAUCACAAUACUAUUUAAAAUGUUGAGUAUUAUUUUGAUUUCUUAAUUUAUUUGUUAGGGUCCGGUUGGACAGAGCUGUAGUUUUAACUCUCUGAAACAUGGUGAUUUUUAAAUACUAAUAAUGAAUAGCUGUAGAAAUAAAAACAUCUUUUGAAAGAGACAGUUGUAAAAACAUAUAAAAUGUAAAAAUAAUAAUAAUAAUAAUAAUAAAAAUAUAUUUAAAAAAAAAAUUAUUCAUGAAUAAAUGUUACCCCUGACACUUGCAUUCACUCGCCAAAGGUAUGUUUACUGGUCAGUUACUAAAUAAAACAACAAAACAUAUAUUCACAGCAGUAAUGCAUGACAGGAAUGGGAAUCUUUUUUUUCACUACAGAUCGAAAUGUUAUAGCCAGUGCCUUUGGUGCAAUUGACUUAGCUUAUUAUUUUGAAUCAAUAUCUAAUGCCAUUAUUACUACAACACUGCAGUAUGGACAAUGAGAACUCAUUGUUCUCACAUCUCAUAGGUUGUGUGUAAAUUGAUGGAUUUCUGGAUGCCUAGUUAGUUAUGUUGGGAUAGUAGAAUAAUAAAUGCUGAUUUAGAACUUAUGUUUCUCUAGUCCUUACAGCCUCCUGACAGCUUAGACUAGAAUGGGUUCUUCAAGAGUUCCUUGGAUAGUUAAUGGUUCAUGAGCGUUGUAGGGCACCUUGUGUGAAUUCAAGAAAGAUUCAUUAAGAUUAAAGUAUUGGCACAUGUGACUUUGUUUGUGUUGUUCACCACCAUCAAAACAAACCUAUUAGUUGAUCAAUACUUCACCACCAGGUGAGGUGAAGUCAGGGGCUCUGGACCCAAAUUACUGAAAAUAAGACAAAUCAUUUUUCAAUGUAUUCUUAAGUCAAAAUGUCAAAGUAUUUUUUGCUCUUCAUGUUCCCAAAAUAAAGACAUUAACCACUC